AGCGGUGCCCCCCAGAUCCAGAGCAGAAACACGGUCCCAUCCGGAGCAGAGCCCUCUUUCCCCCUAGAGCGGAGCCCCCAGACCUUGCGGUCAUGCCCGGCAAAGAACCAGACCCAGACCCAGAGCUGGCCCAGGCGACCCCAGCAGCCGAACCGGCCGAAGACCGGGCAGCAGAAGCGGCUCCAGCCUCGCCAGCAGAGGGCGCCCUGCAGCCUGAGCCCCAGCCCCAGCCCCCGGCCGCUGCUCCGGAGCGCGGGGAGCCUAAAGCAGAGCCGCCCAGCUGCCCAUUGCACCUGGCAGUGGAGGACGUGAAUGAUAACUCGGUGUCCCUGACAUGGAAGGCCCCAGAGCAGGCAGGCUCCGCUGGCCUGGAUGGAUACCUGGUGGAGUGCUGCAAAGAUGGAACUGCAGACUGGGUAGCUGCUAACAAAGAACUCUUUCUUUCUACCCGGUACACGAUCCGCAACCUGACAUCAGGAGAUAGACUUCAGAUUCGUGUGAAGGCAGUGAAUGUUGGGGGCAUGAGUAUUCCAGCUGUCCUGGAGCAGCCUGUUGUCAUCAGAGAGAUACUCGAGCACCCGAAGAUCCGAGUGCCGCGCCACCUGUGGCAGACGUACAUCCGGCCCGCUGGGGAGGCGGUAAACCUGCUAAUCCCUUUCCAGGGAAAGCCGAGGCCCCAGGUGAGCUGGAGCAAAGACGGCCAGCCUCUGGAUCCCAAGAGGGUGACCGUGCGCAGUGGUGACAGGGACACCAUUUUCUUCAUUCGCAAGGCAGAGCGCAGUGACUCUGGCCAGUACCAGCUGAGCGUCAAGAUAGACAGGCUGGAGGACAAAGCUACCAUUGACAUCCACGUGAUCGAGCAGCCGGGCCCUCCAGCGAACCUGAAGCUGGUUGACGUGUGGGGGUUUAACGUGGCGCUGGAGUGGAGCCCGCCGAAGGACAACGGGAACGCAGCACUCAAAGGGUACACGGUCCAGAAAUCGGACAGGAAGAGUGGGCAAUGGUUCACCGUGCUGGAGCGCUGCCCCCGGCCCAGCUGCACCGUCUCCGACCUCAUCAUCGGCAACAGCUACUCCUUCCGGGUGUUCUCAGAGAACGCCUGCGGGCACAGCGCCACAGCGGCCUUCACCACGGAGCUGGCCCACAUCCGGAAACCAGAAAUUGCUUACAAGCCCGAGAAGUACUCGGGCCGGGACUUCUCCGAACCUCCCAAAUUCACCCAGCCCUUGGCGGACAGGUCUACCACCAGAGGCUACAACACCCAGCUCUUCUGCUGCGUCCGGGCCUUCCCCAAGCCCAAAAUCAUCUGGCUGAAAAACCAGACGGAGAUUCGGGAAGACCCCAAGUACAUCGCAGUGAUCAACGAGGGGGUUUGCUCGCUGGAAAUCCGGAAACCCAGCCCAUUCGACGGCGGCGUGUACACCUGCAAAGCGGUCAAUCCCCUCGGGGAAGCCUCGGUGGACUGUAGGCUUGAUGUGAAAGUACCCCAGUGAGGGCUGUGUGGCGGAUCUGAUGAAGAACAAGACGGACGCUGCGGCUUGGAGUGAAGUUGCCACUGGGUAGCGUAGGCAGCAGAAAUGCAGCGGACCGUGGAGCCUGCUGGCUUUGGCCCUGUCCCCAGAUCUGCGAACGUCUUCAGCUCUGUCCCUCUCUGAAGCAGCGUCCUGUGGUGGCAGCCCUGCUCCGGUGCUACAGUUCCCCAACGUGCCUUUCGCUGUGACAAUAAAAAGA